AUGUUUAGGGAUGUGAAUAUCAGUCCAUCGCCACGAAGACUUGACAGAUCAUACCUUGUUAAGAUUAAAAAGUGGAUCCAGUCAGAUACCAAGUCCCAUGCAAGAGUAUCACUUGAAGAGGAAUUUAUCAAGUAUCAAGAAAAUAUUUCUCCCAUCAAAUGUAAUAAGCUUGGUCCAUUCUUGAAGAGUUUGUUCAUGGAAAAAUAUUGGGAUACUGAAUAUGUCAAUACAGAUUUUACAAGUAACAAAGAAGCCAUACACUCUGAUAAUCAGCAGAAAUACAUAAAGUGCCAUUCACUAACUUUACCAGAUGGUUUUCCUGAUAGGCUUGCCAUUGAUUCAGAACAUCAUUCAUCAGCAGCUGGCAUUGAAGACAGUGAAGCAAUAAAAUACUGUGACAGUCAACAGAAUGGCUCAGAGCAACCACCAUCUUCCGCUGGAAAGACAGAUUAUAAACUGAAAAGCAGUUCUCAUUGUAGAGUUGUCAGUGAUUCUGGAAAUGAACCAUCAUCAGCAGCUGGCAUUGAAGACAGUGUAAUUGAUGUAAAUACUUGUAACCAAGCAACAGAAUACUGUGACAGCCAACCACAUGGCUCAGAUCAUCCACUAUCUUCACCUGGAAAGGCAGAUGAUAAACUUAAAAGCAGUUCUCAUGGUAGAGUUGUCAGUGAUUCUGGAAAUCAACCAUCAUCAGCAGCUGACAUUGAAGACAGUGUAAUUGAUGUAAAUACUUGUAACGAAGCAACAGAAUACUGUGACAGCCAACCACAUGGCUCAAAUCAUCCACUAUCUUCACCUGGAAAGGCAGAUGAUAAACUUAAAAGCAGUUCUCAUGGUAGAGUUGUCAGUGAUUCUGGAAAUCAACCAUCAUCAGCAGCUGGCAUUAAAGACAGUGUAAUUGAUGUAAAUACUUGUAACCAAACAACAGAAUACUGUGACAGCCAACCACAUGGCUCAGAUCAUCCACUAUCUUCACCUGGAAAGGCAGAUGAUAAACUUAAAAGCAGUUCUCAUGGUAGAGUUUUCAUACAAGGAGUGAAAAGAAAAUGUUGUUUCUUGGAUCUCUAUGGAGAACAUCUGAUAGUCAGUGAUACUGGUAACAAUGUUGUAUAUGUGACUGAUCUGAGUGGAAAACUUCUUAACCAGUUUGGACAUAAGGGUAUUGGUUUUGGCGAGUUCAAUGGACCAACUGGUGUAACUGUUGAUACCUGUGGCAAUAUUCUGGUGGCUGAUAAUAGGAAUGAUCGUAUCCAGUCAAUACAAGGAGUGAAAAGAAAAUGUUGUUUCUUGGAUCUCUAUGAAGAACAUCUGAUAGUCAGUGAUACUGGUAACAAUGUUGUAUAUGUGACUGAUCUGAGUGGAAAAAUCGUUAACCAGUUUGGACAUAAGGGUAUUGGUUUUGGUGAGUUCAAUGGACCAACUGAUGUAACUGUUGAUACCUGUGGGAAUAUUCUGGUGGCUGAUAAUAGGAAUGAUCGUAUCCAGGUGUUAACUUUUUCGCAAAAAAUUCCUGAUUCCCUGGCGAGGGUAGUGCAGAAAUAUGAAAUGUUGAAAAAGAACAAUAGACAAUCACGGAAAAAGGAUAUGGAUGCAGCAAACGAAAAGACGGAUAUGGAAAGUCAUGAUAUCGUGGAUGAUACCUCAAGAGAAUUCGUGCCAAUGGUUCAUAUUGACGGAGCAGACGACACCACUGCAGCAGAUUUGGAAGUCAUCGUUCGCAAUUUUGUGUUUGAUAGUGAGUUUCAUUUCUUUCAGUCAGGAGAAAUAGGGGUGACUCUGAAAAAUUCCCUUCCUAAUCUGAAGACCAGAACAAGUUCAGAUCAAAGUGGUCUUGAAGAAAAGAUGUCACAGCUCAUUUUAAGUAUUGACGAUAAACUUGCAUGGGAAGAAAUCCCAUCAGAAGACGAAGAAGUGAACAGUGAUGAAAAAAUAGAGACACAGAAUAUCGACAAGAAUGAAAAAUUUACCAUAGAUGAAAUGGCAUGUGUUCGAUGUGAGGAAAUAAAUGAAAUGACUGGUGUCCAGCCUGAGGAAAUAAAUGAAAUGACCAAUAUUCAGUGUGAGCAAAUAGAUGAUAUGACUGAUGUGCGAUGUGAAGAAAUAGCAGAAAUGGCCGAUGUGCAAUGUGAGGAAAUAAAUGAAAUAGCCGAUGUGCAGUGUGAAGAAAUAGCUAUGGAAGAAAUACAUUCAAAAGAAAGUGAGAUUGGAGAACUUGAACUAGUUAGCAAACCUACUUCAGAAUCAAUAGAUGUUCUAGAGAAGAAGUCAAAAAGUGAGACAGCAUUAAGUGUAAGAUCAGACAAGUCCAAAUCCAAAUCUAAAAUGAAAAGACCACUCACCUUCAAAUAUAGUAGUAAAACUGCGCUGUUUGCUGCUGACUUGAAAACUAAAAGAAGUCUUGAACUGAUUGACCAGGAUAAAAAAGUUGUUAGGAAUACUAGUAGCAGAGGGAGUACAUGUAGUAAUGAGCUGACACAGCUGAAAGAAGAUUCAAUUUCAGGACGCAGACCUCUGAGUUAUCACUGUAUGGAAAAUGCAAGUACAGUUAGUUUGGUGUCACUAACCUCAAUGGAUAGUCGGGGAAGAAGAUCCCUAGCAAGGUUACCAAUCUCAUCUCAGAUAACUGCCAAAAUCCUGAAUCAGUCAGAAGAAAGUAUUAUUCCGUCAUUAAAGACAAACGAAUCGGUGACUUCUUUCAGUAAAUACAGUCAGAGAUCUGCAGAAAAUGUUAAGGUUGGCACCAAAGAUAGCUUUGUCUGGACACCAAAUCCAUUCUAUGAAGAUGAUGACAGCGACAUCACUGACUAUAUAUAUAUGGCAGAUGCUCUACAAUAUUACAGACACUUUAUACAGAUAGAAAAGUUAGACAAGAAGGAACGACGCAAGAAAAAGAGAAGACAAAUUGAAAGUGAAUUAUUGCAACAAAAGCAAGAACUAGAAGAUAUGAUAAAGGAAGCAAGAGAGAAAUAUUCUGUUUACCCUGGCAAUUUUAAAGGUAUCGAUGGCACUGAAAAUGCAGGAGAUGAUACUAAACAGGUCUCUGUUGGCACUAAAGACAAAAGACAAGAUAGAGAUGAUAUUAAGCAGAACUACAUUCCCACUGGAAACACAAGACAAGAUAGAGAUUACACUAAAAAGGCCUACGUUGGCAAUAGAAACACAGAACCAAAUAGAAAUUAUACUGAACAGGCAUACGUUAGAUCCCAGCUAGAAGCCCUGCCAGAAUUUACACCUGUGUUCAUUUAUACAAUAACUGUCAUACAGAUCAUAUUAUUUAUUAUUUUGUGUGCUCUGGGAGGUCUGGCGCCAAUUGAACUACAACCAAGUACAACAUACAUGGAAAACAUCAAGACAUUUGUUGGUACUGAAACUAUUGAAGGUAAAACAUUGCCGAACUUAUGGAUAGGACCAAGUGCACAAUAUUGGAUAGGUGCUGGUGUCUGGAAGAAUGAGAAAUGUUGCGAGAGAGAAGCUGGUGAAAACAGUGUAGCACAUAUAUUGAAACCAUGCUGUAUUGGUUUGACUGGUCAGUGUGUGCUUGUCACUCAUGAACACUGUACUUUCCAUCAAGGAGUCUACCAUACUGAUGAAGACCAUUGUAAUCAGAUCAACUGUUUACAAGAUGUCUGUAACUUUGGAGGAUUUAACCUCAAGUCUUCUUCCGGUAAGUGUAACAUACGAUUCUCUGGUUAUAAAGGCUAA